AUGUUUUUCUACUCCUUACUCGAUCCCUGCUUGUAUAUCCUGCGGUUCGCUUCCAAGCUGGAAUUCGGCGCCAAAACGCAACAGGUGGCCAAUACGGCGCUGAGGCUGGUCCAGAGGAUGAAGAGGGACUCGAUCCACUCCGGUAGGCGGCCGUCCGGACUAUGCGGAGCAGCACUUCUGAUUGCUGCCAGACUCCAUGAAUUUGGCAGAUCUUCCAAAGAUAUCGUGAAAAUUGUGAAAGUUCACGAAUCUACUCUGAGAAAAAGGUGA